GGGGAACGGGACAUGUGGAAGAGUCUCUCCCCUUUUCAAUGUGGUCAACUGCCAAACAAAUAUCAUACCCAAAUAAAUAAAAUAUACUAAUAACCCGUGCUGCCAACAGGCCACAACCCGACGGUGACGUUUGACGGAUGAUUCCCGGGUUUUUCCCAAAUCCCCAGCCUAUCGCAGAACCCGGAAGACGCGACUCGUCUCGGGAACGUGAGGCCAACCAGGAAGUGCUCCAGCAGCCGCGGUGCGCCUGUGAUCGUGGUCGUUGCUCUUAGCGAUGCCUGUUGUGAAACUGCUGGUCACCACUCUGGGAAACGCGACCGGGCUCUUGACUCUCGUGGUCGUUGUCAUCGCGGCGGUUUUGAAUUAUUUCGACGACGCCGAUCCGGCGACGUACAGCAGCAUCAGCAUGGCUGAGGACAUGAAGACCCUGGAGGAAGACUUCCGGCAGCAGAACAAGAGCUGUUUCGUCCUCGGCGCGUCCGGGGAAACGGGCAGGUUGCUGCUCAGGGAGCUGGUGGAGAGGAACAUCUUCUCCAGGAUCACCCUCAUCGGAAGGAGGCAGCUCACCUUGGAGGGCAAAGCGUACGAGAGCCUGACUCAAGAGGUGGUGGACUUUGAGAAGCUUGACGAUUAUGCCGCUGCCUUCCAGGGCCACGACAUUGGCUACUGCUGCCUGGGAACCACCCGGGCAAAAGCAGGGACUGAUGGAUUCUUCCGCGUCGAUCACGACUACGUGCUAAAAUCGGCCGAGCUGGCGAAGGCCGGAGGCUGCUCACAGUUCCACCUGGAGUCGUCCAGAGGAGCGGAUAAAAACAGCAACUUCCUCUACCUCAAAGUCAAGGGACAAGUGGAGGCGGAAAUCGAGGCGCUGGGCUUCGAGAGAUACGCCAUUUACAGACCAGGGGUUUUGUUGGUAGACAGGCAGGAGAGUCGGCCCGGCGAGUGGCUGGCCAGGAAGUUCUUCAGUGCCGUCUCCGCCGUGUGCUCCACGUCCAUGUCCAUCCCGAUCCAGGUGGUGGCGAGAGCGAUGGCGUCCAACACCCUGCGUCGACCCGAGCAGAAGACGGAGAUCCUGGAGAACAAUGCGCUCUCCGUUCUGGGAAAGAGUACUGAGAAAUAAAGAGAGGAGAGAUAAUUUCAGCAGAUAUGCCAGAGACUGCAAACGCUCAUCACAUCAUCUGUUUUUUGAGUUACAUAGAAUAAAAAAAGAGAAAAACCUAUGAAUUUUGGAACUGUCAUAAAACUAAAGGCUGCCUCUGUGAACAUACUUGGCUGUUUCUUUGUCUGCUAAACUUAUUUAUGGAGAAAACAACCUGUGAAGCUAGAGAAUUAUUUUAUCGUGACAUUGCGUACAGGUUUCUUUUUCUCUUAUCUGUAAUACUGUUGUUAUAUUGUCAUCAGGGAACAGUUGUCAGACAUUUUUUAUUCACCAAUUGAACCACUGCCUUAACAUAAAUCCUUAUGUAUCCUCAACACUAAAACAUUGUUUGUUUUUUAUCAGGGAAAUUCUUCCAUAAAUGCUAAAGCACAUGAAUAUAAAUAAUGUCUGAUGCUUUACUUGACAUGUACAUUUAUAAAUUGCAUAUGCAGUAUAUAAAUAUCAAUGUUAUACUGUACUAAAGAUCAUAUAUUUGUUCAUUUUGUAUGUCCAACGUGCAGAUGCCAUUCUUUGAGUUUCUUUGAUACCGGCAAUGGAACAAAUUUUGAAUAAAUUGUGUUGAUACAAAA